UUGUCGAGGGACCGGAGGGACGUGAUGUGGAGGUCCGGCCUACUGCUGCUCCUGGCCGGACACCUCGUCUCAUGUGAGCUGCAGCCGGACCCCGGGAUAACCCCGCCGCCCGGGAGACCCCCGCCGCCCGGGAGACCCCCCCGGGAGAGGCUGGACUUCGGUUCCGUCCCGGCGGGGGUCUACGAGACCCUGGCCCACUACGAGCCGGGACCUAUCGGGAUCCUCUUCAGCCUGGUGCACGCCUUCCUGUGCGUGGUCCAGCCAAACCCCUUCCCCCAAGAUCUCAUCGUAAAACUGGUGAAGGAGAAGUUUGGAGCGCCUCAGACGGAGUAUCAGAAGGUGCUCUACUAUGAACUGGGCUUCCUGCUGUGUGCAGCGGUGGGCGUGGUCUACCUGGUGCUCCUCCCCCUCGCCGGCCUCCUGCUGUCUAUCUGCCGUUGCUGUGACAACUGCGGAGGGGAAAUGCACCAGCGGCAGCGGAAGAACGCCGACUGUCAGCGCGGCCUUCUGGGAACGCUACUGUUCACCACCUCGCUGGUCAUCAGCAUCGGAGUGUUGUGUGCCUACACAGCCAAUCAGACGCUGAGCUCUCAGGUGAAGAACGUCAGGCGAUUGGUCAACAGCAACAUGAGGGACCUUCACACCUUCGUCAACGACACGCCCACGCAAAUUGACUUCCUGGUCUCUCAGUACUCGGCUGCGAAAGGAAAAGUUCUGUAUGACCUCGACAAUAUAGGUCCUCUACUUGGCGGAAGGAUACACGGGCAGCUAGGGAAGGAGGUCCGGCCUGCCAUGGACGGAGCGCUCAGUCUGGCUGGAGCGAUGCGAGAGACGAGGGAGGCUCUGGAGAAUGCCAGUGUGUCUCUGGAGGUGCUCCAGGAGGGCAGCGGGAAGCUGGCCUUCAGCCUGAGUCUGAUGAGGAGCAGUCUGAGGCGCAGCCUGGACGACCCGGCCUGCAGGGACCCCAAGAACCAGCCCACCUCCGCCCAGCUCUGCAGCGCCAUCCAGAGCUCCCUCAGCCACCUCCACCUGCACGCCAACUACUCCAGGCUGGCAAGUGUGAACCCUCAGCUGGAGAAGAUGAACCAGGUUCUGCAGACAGACUUGAGAGCCGUCAUCCAGAGGGGCUACUCGUCUCUGAACAAUACUCCUUCCAUGGUGGUGGAUCAGACCACGUCCGUGGUGGAGGGGGUGAGAGGGCUGUUGGACGGCAUUGGCUCCAACAUCAGCAGCUUCUCCAAGGGUUUCCCGGUCCGAAGCAGUCUGGCCAACUUCACCAUCUUCAUCAACCAGGCCCACUCGUCCAUCGAGGACCACUACCCCCAGCUGGACCAGGCAGACUUCUACAGGUGGGCUGGCUGCAUCGCGCUGUGCUGCAUGCUGGUCCUGGUCCUGGCCUUCAACUACCUGGGCCUGCUGUGUGGAACGCUGGGCUACGACAAACACGCCUCGCCCACCACCCGGGGCUGCAUCUCCAACACCGGGGGCACCCUGCUCAUGGCGGGGGUGGGCUUCAGCUUCCUGUUCUCCUGGCUGCUCAUGGGGGUCGUCACCGCUGCCUUCCUGGUUGGGGGGAACCUGGAGAAGCUGCUCUGUGAGCCCUACCACAGCAAGGAGCUCUUCAAGCUCCUGGACACGCCCCACAUGGUGGACCCCCAGUGGAGGAACUUCAUCCCCGGGUUCCUGUACAACGACUCGGACCUGGACCUCACCGUGGAGAACCUGUACAGUAACUGUAAGGAGAACAGGGGUAUCUACUCCGCCGGGCGUCUGGAUAAGAUCUUCAACAUCACAGCGUUCCUCAACACAACCCUGUUCACCAGGGAGGUGGUGUCGGUGCUGGAGGGGAUCCGUCUGGACCUGGGUGGGGUGGAGCUGCUGCAGGCGGAGGGGCGGCAGAACCUUCUGGACUUCUCUGAGUCCGGCCUGUCAGAGAUCAACUACGCCCAAUACCUGGAGGAGGUGAAUAAAGGUGUGACGGUGGAGGACCUGCUGACCUUCACCAGCCAGCUGGAGGCCCAGACGGACCUCAUGCCCGAGGGGCCCCUCCAGACCGCUCUGAAGGGCCACACCAGCACCCUGAGACAGAUCCACAGCCAGCAGGUGGUGCCACUGGAGCAGGCCAUGAAAUAUGUGAGAGCCAGGAGUGCGUUGAACCAGAGUAUGAGGUUCCUGGAGCGAACGGCCUCCGACCUGCCAAACAAAGUUUUGGCCGUUUUAAACGCCCUGGAUGAAGCCCAAUACCUAAUCUCCAAGAAUGCAACACAACUGACCAGUCAGGAGACAAAGCUGUACAAGGACGUCAUCGUUGGCUACUUCCAGCAGUACAUUGACUGGGUGAAGAGCUCGCUGGCAUUGGAGGUGGCGACCUGUAAGCCCCUGAGCAACAUGGUGGACACUGCCCACAUCCUCACCUGCAACUUCCUGCUGGACGCCAUGAACACGUUCUGGAUGGGUCUGGGCUGCAGCACGCUGUUCCUCCUGCCCAGCAUCGUCCUCGCCGUGAAGCUCGCCAAGUUCUACCGCCGCAUGGAAACAGAGGACGUCUACGACGACAAUGACACAAUCCCCAUGAAUACUGUUCCCACCUAUGACACUAUGACCAGGUUUCCCCGGGCCUCCGCCCCCCCGAGCUACAUCGACUGGUGACGGAGAGAAAGUGGCCCGGCAGGGUGGAGCUAAACAAUGGUCUACCACAGGAGAAUACCACGGGAAGUCUCUGCUCCCUCCUCCAAUCAACAAUCACAAAACAUAAUCAAUGAAAGACCAGCAAAGCCCCCCGACCCACUCUCCAGCCAGGGAUCUCUCUCACCACGCCUGGAGCCUCCAGGGUCUCUCCUAGAGCCUCCAGGUUCUCUCCAGAACCCUCCAGGAUCUUCCUUUUUUCUAGUUUUUCAUUCUUUUUUGACCUUUUGAAAAGGUCAAGGGAAGGUCACAGUGAACUGUGAGGAGUUGUGACCUUUCACCCCGGCUCCGGACCUAGUUGCUCCUCAUGUCUGGUGCUAGACCCUCCCAAAGUUCUUCCUGUUUCCUGUUUCCUGUUUCCAGUUUUGCGGACAAACGAUGGGAUCGCUGCCACCGACGACCUACCAGUCUGUAAUACUCAGAAUACUAACUCAUGGUUUCAUCCCAGUGAAGCUCAAAGAAACCCUUCUUUGUUCAAGUCUCAAUGUUUACAACCUUCUGUGGGCACCAGAAGUCUCCUGCUGGUAGUGAAUUUCAAACAAAGCGUGACUUUAAAACUUGUGUUGGAGCAUGGCCGACGUCCGCAUGCUGCCUUUAGUUUAUUAUUCGAUUCUUUAACCACACUUGAGGAUAUUGUGUUAAGAUGACUAACUCUAAACAUAUCAGUUUUGCUUUUGUAGUGCUCACUGAAGUGAGCAAUUUGCUUCUUUUUAAGUACACUACUAUUUUUAUCAUAGCCUACAGAUCAACUCUUAAAUCUAUGGUAUGCCGGGCUAGAUUUAAAAGGUAUCAAACCAAAACAAAGUCUCACCCCUCCCUGCAGCCCUCCCUCCAAAGCCACUCCCCCUAAUCACAUGACUUGCUCGCUAGUGUAGCCACAGGUCUGCUAGCCCUGUGGAAGACUCCUGUCAUGGUUUACUAGCUAGCUAGCUAUAGCCACAGCACUGAGAGCAUGGGCAGACAGCUUGCAGGUGUCCGGAUAAGAAGGUAGACAGACAGGCGAAUCACAGCUCUGUGCAGCCACAGAUAUCAGAUUUGUUUUUGUUUUUGUCAGAGCAUUUGAUUUACUGAUUGCUGAAAAUGUCAAUAAAAAUGACAAAAAUAUCCUUCCGAAAUAAAUU